GAUUAGCUGGAACGGACCGAUGUUCGAUUGCGAUUCAAGCUAGUGUGGCUGGCAUGGCAUUCACGCCCACCAAUAGGGGUAUUCACAUAGGCGAACAUGAUGUGUCGCCAAGAAAAGGAGGGUCUCAUGAGAUGUCUUCCGCUGUCCCCGAGCGAAACAGACUGAUCUUGUGAGGGAUUUCCUGGCUCUGUCCGCACGUACCAGGAUCGGUAUGUCCUUGGUGCCCCUGCAGAUGCGGCUCAGAUACGAUACGGCUGAUAUGGGGGGGAGGGAACAUGGGAAGGUUCAGACUACCCAUCCACAUCCAUGGCGGAACCCCGGUUACACCGAGCCUGGCUGAACAAGUGUUGUGGAGGUGAUCCCCAGAUCCGCUUUGAACUCCACUCUUUGCUUCGUUAACACUGCUUUUCCCUCCCUUCGAACACCCACCUGCCCUGCAAUGGCCGUCAACGUCGUCGUAUCGAAGACCAUUGCGGCGGUGUUUCUCAGCAUAGCACUUUACAACUUUCUCGAACUUAAUGUCUACAUUUUUACCUUGUUCAAGAGACGGAGCGGGCUCUACUUUUGGAGCUUUACCAUCUCAACAUGGGGUAUCGUCUUCAACGCCACCGGAUACACGCUCAUGCACCUGGCAGAGAUCCCGGAAAAGAACAUUUACGCCACAUUCAUCCUCAUAGGAUGGUGCGCCAUGAUUACUGGACAAUCGGUUGUGCUUUACUCGCGAUUACACAUCGUGAUGCAUAACAGGAAGAAACUCAGAGCCGUUCUGAUCAUGAUUAUAACCAACGCUGUGUGGCUUCACAUACCCAUCAUUGUUCUGGUCUACGGCGCCAACUCGAGCAACCCGGACCCAUUCGUCAAGCCUUAUGCGAUCUACGAAAAGAUCCAGCUCAGUGUCUUCAUCGCCCAGGAACUCAUCAUCUCCGGCCUAUACGUUUUCGAAACCACAAAACUCCUCCGCAUGGAACGUACAAUCGGCAACUUUGGCACGAAAAGCCUACUUCACCAUCUCAUGUUCGUCAACUUCCUUGUCAUCCUCCUUGACUUCAGCAUCCUGGGCCUCGAGUUUGCAGAUAUGUUUGAGAUCCAGACCUCGUGGAAGCCACUCGUAUACAGCAUCAAGCUCAAACUGGAAUUCAGCAUUCUCAACCGCCUCGUCCAGUUGACCAGGAACGCCAGGAGUGGGUGUGCCAGCUCAUAUAGUAACGGCGCCAUUCAAUCCCAAGGCGUGGCACUAGGCACGAUGAAGGGAACAAAGAAGGGAACGAGCCAUCAACGCUCCGUUCUAGCCACCGCCACAGAUCAUCAAGAGCAAUGGGAGGUGCACGUUAGCAGGGGAAAAGCAAACAAUGAGGCGUUCCCAUCGAGCGUUAUAAAAACAACAGAAUUCACGGUCCAGAGCCAUGCGCGCGAGGACAGCGAGGACAAGAUUAGCGUGGCAGGGAGCAAAGAAGAGAUUCUGGCCCAUUCGGCACCUCAUGAUACCCAGGGGACUAGUACUUCUUCUGUGUCGUCAGACCACCAGUAUGGGAGAUAUAACAACCAGCCAUGGCAAUAAUCACAAGACCGUGUGUACACUUUGCCACACGGUUGCUACGAAUUUCUUUGAUACCAAUAGAUUUUACUUUGUUUCACUUAUGAAUUAUGAAUGGACUAAUGAAUAUGCACCUGUUUCGUGAU